AUGAAGCCCGAAUACGAUUUUCUCUUCAAGUUGCUCCUUAUUGGAGACUCUGGGGUUGGGAAGUCCUGCUUGCUCCUGCGGUUUGCUGAUGAUACGUACACCGAGAGUUACAUCAGCACAAUCGGCGUCGAUUUUAAAAUCCGCACAAUCGACUUAGACGGGAAAACUGUCAAGCUACAGAUCUGGGAUACAGCAGGUCAAGAACGUUUCCGUACAAUUACGUCUUCUUACUAUCGCGGUGCUCACGGCAUAGUUGUUGUUUAUGAUGUAACGGAUCGUGAAUCUUUUUCUAAUGUAAAAAAUUGGAUGCAUGAGAUAGAAAGGUAUGCUACUGAGGGAGUAAGCAAAUUAUUAGUUGGUAAUAAAUCAGACUUAACAGCAAAAAAAGUUGUGAGCUACGAAGAAGGAAAAGAAUUAGCGGAUGCAUGCAAUAUAAGAUUUAUUGAAACUUCGGCAAAAAAUGCACAAAAUGUUGAAGAGGCAUUCCAUAUAAUGGCAUCGGAGAUAAAGGCUCGUGUACAAGUUGGGCAGCAGCAGAAUAGGCAGCAGCAGAACCUUCGCAUUGGCCCCACACAGCCUGUGCGCGCCUCUACUGGCUGCUGCGGCCGCGGCUGA